AUGAGCGGCGGGGCGCGGCCGGGACGGCGGCAGAGCUCGGCCCGCACCCCCCCGGCCAUGAGCGGCACCCCCGGGCCGGCCCCGCAGCCCCGGGCCGGCCCCGCACGGCCCCGCACGUCCUUCCUCAUCCAGGACAUCCUCUGCGACGAGCCCCAGAGGGCCGGCAGCAGAGGGAAUGCGGAGCUGGGAGCGGCCAGCGAGGAGAGCAGCGGGGCCAGCCGGGGCCCGGGAGGGUUCCCCGGGGGUCCCCAUCCCCCCGGAGCCGCGGGGACAGCCCAGGGACCCGAGACAGAGGCGCCGCCGGAGCCGUUCCCGGCCGAGCGCGGCCCCGCCGCGGCCCCGCCGCCCCCCCGGCCGGGCAGGCGCUCCCGAGCCGCCUUCUCGCACAGCCAGGUGAUCGAACUGGAGCGCAAAUUCAGCCACCAGAAAUACCUGUCAGCCCCGGAGAGAGCUCACCUGGCGCGGCACCUGCAGCUCACCGAGACCCAGGUGAAGAUCUGGUUCCAGAACAGGAGGUACAAGACCAAGAGGAAACAGGUGGUGGCCGGCAUGAGCCGCUUGGACUCGCGCCAGGAAGCGCCAGAAUUCCCGGGAAUGUCGCUGCUGGCACUCAGGGGUGCCUGGCCCUACCUGCCCUGCCUCUACUACGUCAAUUCCUGGAGCCCCUCCUGGUAG